CGGCCCUGAUUUUCGAGAAGUCAGCUGACUCCUCUCCCCUGGCAGAUCGGCCCACCCCGCCUUGCUGCCCCAACGCUGGCACCAUGUCCCGGCUGCCAGUUAUCUUCCUUCUGCUCGCCUCCUUUCCAGGCGGCACGGCCCCUGCCCGCUUCUGCUCCCAAGAUGUGACCAUCAGAGGUGGCAGCUUCUCCCUCAGCGAUGGACUGGCCCCCGGAAGCCGGCUGAUGUACGCCUGCCCGUCCGGCUACCACCCUCACCCCGUGGGGCACCGGCUCUGCAAGGAGAAUGGACGGUGGCAUCCUCCGAGGACCACCCGGGCCGCCUGUAAAGCUGUUCGUUGCCCGGCCCCGGCCGCCUUCGAGAACGGCUACUACACUCCUCGCCUCAUCUCCCACCCGGUGGGCGGCAACCUGACCUUUGAGUGCGAGGAGGGCUACAGGUUGCGGGGGUCCCCGCUCCGGCACUGUCGCCCCAACGGCCUGUGGGACGGAGAGACGGCCGUGUGCGACGGCGGCGAGGGGCACUGCCCAGACCCCGGCAUCCCGGUGGGGACCACCCGGACGGGGUCUCGCUUCACGGCGGGGGACAGGGUUCGGUACCACUGUACCGGGAAGCUCACGCUCAUCGGCUCUGCCGAGCGCGAAUGUCGGAGCAACGGGGCCUGGAGCGGGGCCGAACCCAUCUGUCGCUCCGCCCAUUCCUUUGACUUCCUGGAAGACGUGGCCCCGGCUCUGGGCACCUCCUUCGCCCACCUCCUAGCUGGCACCAAUCCCCUGAUGCAGAAAGACAGCAACGUGGCCCGAAGAAUCAGCAUCCAGCGCUUGGGGCUCCUGAAUCUCUACCUGCUGCUUGACGCCUCCCAGAGCGUGUCCCUGGAAAACUUCAAAAUCUUCAAGGAAAGCGCGGAGAUCAUGGUGGACCGGCUCUUCAGUUUCGAAGUCAACGUGAGCGUGGGCAUCAUGACCUUCGCCUCGAAGCCGAAAACCAUCCUAUCCGUCCAACAUCCAAACUCCAGGGAUGUGGCCGAGGUGUUUAACAUCCUGGAGGGAGUCCAGUACAAAGAUCACCAGGACGGAACCGGGACGAACACAUUGGCAGCCCUGAGGAAGGUCUCUGAGAUGAUGAGUAAUCAGAGGGCGUUCUACUUAAAGAAAGGUUGGGAGAAAGAGUGGAAGGAAAUCCACCACGCCAUCAUCCUUCUGACAGACGGAAAGUCCAACAUGGGGGGGACGCCCAAAACGGCCAUCGUCGAGAUCAAAGAAGUCCUGGACAUUACUCCGGAGAGGGAAAACUACCUGGACAUCUACGCCAUCGGGGUGGGAGACAUGGAUAUGGACUGGAAAGAGCUGAAUGAGAUGGCCUCCAAGAAGGACGGCGAGAGACACGCCUUCAUCCUCAGGGACCCACAGACCCUGCGGCAGGUCUUUGAGAACAUGCUGGACAUUUCCAAGUUUGAGAACUCCAUCUGUGGCCUGGGAAACGUGUCCGCCAACGCCACAGACCAGGAGAAGCAUCCCUGGCACGUCACCAUCAAGGCCACGACCCGGGAGACCUGUCGUGGCUCCCUCAUCUCCGACCGAUGGGUCCUGACUGCGGCCCACUGCUUCCAUGACAUCGAGGACACGGCCCUCUGGAGGGUGACCGUAGGGGACCCCGGUCCCAGGAGGAGCCAGGACAUGGAAAUUGAGGAACGGAUCAUCCACGAGGGCUUUGACGCCCUGGCCAAGAGACACCUCGGCAUCCCCGAAUUCUACCACAACGACAUCGCCCUGCUGAAGCUCAAGGAGCCCAUCAAGUUGUCCAGCGUGGCCAGACCCAUUUGCCUCCCUUGCACUUCGGGAGCCAACGUGGCCCUCAAACGCCGCCCGUCCAGCACCUGCCGUGACCACGAGUCGGAUCUCCUGAACCAGCUCCAGAUUCCAGCUCAUUUCAUCUCCUUGGACGACAAACAGAAGAACCUCGUGCUCAGGACGGGCAAGGAGCUGGCAACCUGUGCUCGGGGCAUCCUGCAACCUCAGUCCACGUUUGCCAACUUGGUGGAUGUCGGGGAAGUGGUGACGGAGCAGUUCCUGUGCAGCGGCCUGAAGAACGAUGACUCCCCCUGCAAGGGAGAAUCCGGGGGGUCCGUUUUCUUCCAGAGGCGAUCCAGGUUCUUUCAGGUGGGGCUGGUGAGUUGGGGUCUACACAACCCCUGCUCGGCGUCCCGAGGCCAGGGUCCCGUCCAACGCCGCCCGCACCCGGGCGGCCUCCAGCCCCGCGACUUCCACCUCAACCUGUUCCGCCUCCAGCCGUGGCUGAGGCAGCACCUGGCGGGAGACUUGGUCUUCCUGCCGCUCGGCUGACCUCUGACCUUCCAGUCCAGGCCCCCUUCCAUCCCCACCUCCUCCUCAGGAGCCCGGGCACGCGGACAUCACCCCCGUCCAACCAGACCUGAGUUUCCGCACCUUUCCAGGCCUCAGUUUCCUCGUCCGCCCUCCCUUCUCCCCCCAUGCCACCCUCCGCUUCCCGUUCCCUUUCCCCCUUCGACUGCCGCUCGCCCCGACCCCGCUCCGCCGCCGUGACUCCAAAUAAAAUCCAGGCCCUUCCCAGGUG